GAGGGCGGUGAGGCCUGGGAGCGGAUGGCGUCGCCUUGCUCCUCCCUUUUCCCCGGGCUCCUCCUCCUCCUCCAUCGUCGCCAUGAGGUAAACAGUCUGCUGUUGUGCUUCCUCGCCUUUCCUCAGGAAAGUAAGGCCGGCGUAGGAGCGAGUGUGUGCUGAGUAGGAUUCCCCCAAAGAGAGAGGAGUGGCCUCUUUCUCCUCCUCAGUCUCUCUCUCAGCCUUGAAAGGGGUCAAACCACAGCGAAGGCAAAGCGCCAUUGAAUCGCCUCUCUCCACACACAACCUGGCCUGGAGGGGUUUGGGGAAAGAAAGGACAGUGAAUUUCAAUUCAAAAUGCCCAACUCUAAAAGGAAAUCUCGACAUAGACACAAAGUUGGCCAAGAAACUGGAAGGCGUGAAUUAGUCUCCAGAUCACUACAAAGUGCUCAGCAUUGUAUGGAGAAUCAAGAUUUUGGAACUGCAUAUGCUCAUUAUCUCUUGGUAUUAAAUCUGGCUCCUGAACUGAAAAAUGAGGUCAAGGAAACAUUUCAGUUUGCCCUUUUUAAAUGGGCAGAAGAACUGGAUUCUCUGGCUCGUGUUAAAGAUUUAUUUGCUUGCUAUGAGCAUGCCCUGGAAUUGUUUCCCAAUGAUGAAGUCAUAUGCAACAGCAUGGGAGAGCAUCUCUUCAGAAUGGGUUUUCGAGACGAAGCAGCUGCAUAUUUCUACAAAGCUGUGAAAUUAAACCCUGAAUUUCCAGAUGCAAAGGAGAAUUUUUACCGUGUUGCCAACUGGGUGGUAGAACGAUGGCACUUCAUUAUGCUCAAUGACUCCAACAGGAAUUUGCUUUAUCAAAAGGCAAUCCAGAAGGCAGUCCAUUCUGGGUGCAGAAGUGUUCUUGAUAUUGGGACAGGAACAGGAAUUCUCAGCAUGUUUGCUAAAAAAGCUGGAGCAUCUUCUGUCUAUGCUUGUGAAUUGUCGAAGACUAUGUAUGAAUUGGCUUGUGAAGUGCUAACCGCAAAUGGUUUCAGUAGACAGAUCAAACUUCUUCAUAUGAAAUCCCAGGAUAUUGAAAUUGCAAAGCAUAUUCCUGAAAGAGUUUCUCUGGUUAUCACUGAAACAGUAGAUUCUGGUUUGUUUGGAGAAGGAAUUGUGGAAAGCUUAAUCCAUGCUUGGGAGUAUUUGCUUUUACCACCAAAGCCUAUGGAUUGCAGAGGUGAUUCUGAAAACUAUGGUAAAGUUAUACCAGCAGGAGCUACUAUAUGGGGCAUGGCAGUGGAAUGUAAAGAGAUACGGAGACACCAUAGGGUGGGCAUAAAAGAAAUUGCUGGAGUCUGCUUGCCAGAAACAUUCUUCUUCCACAGUCCAACAUAUACAUCUGUGGUCUCAGAUGAAACUCUUGAGCCUUACACCACGGAAAAACUCAGCAGAGUUCCUGGUGGCUAUAAGGCCCUCACAAAACAUUUCCAAGUUUUGACUAUCAACUUUAAUGAUCUGCAGGAGCUAAAAAACUUUGCCGUUAGGAAACCAUCCAAGAUCCAUGUGCCUGUGAUUGAAAGAGGAAUCUUAGAUGCCAUUGUGGUUUGGUUUACACUGCAACUUGAUGAUGAAUACAUGCUUUCUACAAGUCCAAAUGAUGAGACCUGUUGGGAACAGGCUGUUUAUCCAGUACAAGGUCUCCUUGAUUACUCUGUGAAAUGUGGAGAUUCUGUUACAAUGGAGGCAUCCUGUCAGGACUGUUAUCUAAGGCUCCAAAAGAUUUCUUUUGUGACUUCUGAGGAUGGGAUGGAUAUUGAGAGGAACGUGAGGGAAAAGAACAGUGAGGCUGAGCUGUGCAAUGCUCUGGCCAGCCUUCAGACAGCAAGCACACAGGAAAGACGGUGGCUGGAAUGCAAGCUGGAAUCUACUGAGAUUGCUUUACUAAACAAUCUGUCAUAUCACGAAUGCUUUAAAGCUGCCAUAGGCAAAGUGCUGUCGUCAUUAAGUCUGUCAGAACAGUCUCUCUCUAUGGAUGUGGACAGUCAAAAUGAUGAAAUGAAUCUUGGAAAAGGUCAAAAGAAAACUGUGACUCUCGAUCCUCUGUAUGUGUUGGAUGUGUCAGAAGGAUUUUCAGUCUUGCCAGCAAUUGCAGGCAAAUUUGGGCCAGUGAAGACAUACAGCUCUGUUGAGAAGGAACAGCACCAAGUAGCUCUCAGCCUCAUUUCAGAAGCCAACAGAUUUCCUAAGGAAACAUUAGAGUUUUGGCUCAACCACCUACAGGAUGACAGUGUGGUUUUGCAGAGGCCUAGGUCUGACAAAUUAUGGAGUAUUAUAAUUUUAGAUGUCAUAGAGACAUCUGGUCUAAUUCAACAGGAUGUUAUGGAAAAAGCAGCAAUAUCCAGGUGUUUACUUCACUCUGGAGGCAAGAUCUUCCCACAGUAUGUGAAGAUGUUUGGGAUGUUGGUGGAAUCAAAUUCACUAGUACUUGAGACCGCAGUUCAAGGGACAGAUCACACACUUGGUUUCAACAUUGCACCUUUUAUCAACCAGUUCAAGGUGCCUUUCCGUGUCUUUUUGGAUCUGUCUACGCUACCACACAUGCCUUUAAGCAAGUCAGUGGAACUUCUGCGAGUGGAUCUCAUGACCCCAUAUUUGAAUAACCCCACUAGAGAAGUUAAGGAUGAAGAAGUAGGGUCCAGACAAGCCAAGACGAAUAUACAUGCCUCUCAGCACUAAAGAAAUACAACUUAAAAGUUUAAAUAAAAUUUUAUUUGUUUAUGUACAACAAACAAUGGAGAAACAUGAUUUACCCCUUUUAACAAGAAUCACUUAAGGACACAUUAAAAUUAGCAUAAAAUAUGCAGCCUAGUGAAUAAGGCCAAAUAUUUACAAACACACUAGUACUGCAAAAGCACUUGCCACAUGAGUUCGCUGUAGCAGCCACAAGUUCAAUUAAAACUCCAAGUAUCUUAAUAUUUGGUUUUCUGAAGAUGUCACUUUAAAAUGCAAACCUUUCAGCUUUUAAUAUGAAGGUAAGACAGCUCAAGCAUGUAUUGCAGAUACAAAUGUGAAAAUGGGCUAGAAAACCCACUGGUUAACUAUAUGGGUAAUAAGUCCUUGGAGCAAUGCUUAUGUGUUACAUUCCUGUAUCUUACACCGGAAUUACAGAGAUUACUUGAUUCUAUUUAAGACAAUUUUUUAGGAGGCAAAACUAUUUUGAACUCAAAAAAGACAUUAAAUGAUAUCCACAUUAUGGAGCAAAUGCUAUUUGAUCAGCAGAUGGAAGUGUAUGUAACAUAAAUAACAAAUGCUUUAGUUCUAAUUAUUCUGGCACAUUAGAUAAUAUUCUGGAAUGGGGAAAGAACACUUUUGAAAUAUUAAUUGGCUUGGAAAGGGAAAUCGGAACUGGAACCCUCCUACUUUACCCUACCACGAAGGACAAGCAGGUUUUUAAACUACUCAGCCUAAUGUAGUUACUAUCAUAUGUCUGGAAUCGAUUUCUUCUGAUGCAUACAUCAUACACUCCAUAUUGUCAGUGAAUGAUUGUAAUCGUUGAAUUCAGUGAUGGCCUCAAUACCAUAUUAUAGCAGUAUAAAAUUCAACUAUGUUCUGCAUAUGUGUGUCUGCAAAAUAGCACAAUAUAUACUUUCAUUUGCAAUUCAGACAUUCAUUACUUAAAACUGAAUCCACCUGUACUGUUAGUUUCACAUAGUCCUCUGUUGCUCACAUUCUUUUAGGAGAAUGGCAUUUCCAGGGCCAGGAAACAAGGCCUGAGCAAAUCCUGCAAUAACAUGCUCGAGGAAAGCGGUUUAACUUUUGCCCAUGGGCUCCUCUCUUUGAACAGGGGAACUCUCAUUCUCUUCUGUGAUGUUACAGAAGCCAUCUGAUGUUGGUUCAGUAGCCAUUGUUGGAGUCACAGUAUGCCCAAAUCCUUGAUAAUGGCCCACGGGUGAUGAUGGCAUGGAAGAGGCGGCAGAAAUCGGAUCCUGAGUGGAUGACGAGAGCAAGCUUGUAUGUUCAUUCUGGUCAAGAUCUUCACCAAAAAACAUUUUCCUAGGUGUACCAAAAACUGUCCUUCCUAAAGGAAACAAGUUAUGGGAAAUUACUGUUUAUUUAUAAUUUGGAUAACACAGUUAAAUGAAUAGCAAUCAAAAAUAACUUUAGCGUGAUGCUUGUAUCAAAUUAUAAUACUUAUAAUAUAAUACUGAAAUUAUUUUCAGUAUUAUUUGCUACAGGAGCAUGGCGUACUUUUCUAACUUACCAACAUGGCGAACUUGUUCAGUUACGUCUGCCCUAAGAUCAGAAAGAUCCCACAUUGCAAGGAAAGAAUCAAAACAAGAGCCUUCUUCAGCUUCUUGUACAUAAGGCUUGUAGGAAAAGCUGUAGUGAUGAGCAAUCGCUGCAAAGAACAUCUCUACACAAAUAAUAAAAUCCUGAAACAAGAAAAGAUGUAUUGAUUCCUAAACUAUGAUAAAAUCAUAUCCAUCUUUCAGGAAAACCUAAGGCCCUCAUGUCAAUCAAAACAACCUCCUUUUUUUGUAAAUAAAAGUAUCUUAAAUACUUAUGCAUAGCAUCACCAGAAAACUACCAUUACAAAUCUAUUCUUAUUAUUUUUACCCCACUUUUUCUCUCUUAAAAAGACACUCAAAGUGGCUUACAGUAAAACCAAUACAAUCUAUAUAAAAAUGUAAUGUGCAUUUUUCCCAUGGAGUAAACAACAAAACCACUGAACCAAAUCACACCAAAUUUGGCCACAAAUGUCAUCCAAUCUAAGUCUUUCAAUUAAAAAAAAAACCCAGAAAAAUUAAGUCCAAAUUACAGAGGACGAGGAAGAGCUGUUCUCCCCUGGCUGCCAGUCAGAAGGGUAGGCCCUGCUCCCUUUAGGCCCCGCCCCUUCAUAUCAUAGCAACCCCAUUAGCCACAAUGGUGCCUGCGGGACAGGCAGGGUUCACUUAGGCCUUUUCCUCACUGCCUAUAAAACACAGAUUAUCUGAUUUGAACUGGAUCCUAUUUCAAUACUUUAUUUCCAGUACCACGACACUUUGCCACAGCAACACAUGGCCGGGCACAGCUAGUACAAUUUAAAACCUAAACAUAUGCAAACAUUAAAAUAGAAAUAAAUAACAGUACUAAAAAAAUAAAGUUAAAAUCCUUAAAACAGAUUAAAAACUCAUUCAUAGUGAAAACCACAGCACCACCGACUUGACUGAAAAUUAAACUAUAACCUUUUCCCACUUCUUCAGCAGAUUUAGGAAAUGUAAUUUCUGUUCUGUAAUAACUGCAACUAUACAGAUCAUAGAUUCACUAGUUAACUUAGAAAUGAACCUUAGUUUAAUAUCACUAGGUUUGUCUGACACCUUACUGGAAUAUGAGUUUAACAUUUGAAGUGCUGACCUGUAUGUUGAUAGCUAAAAAUUUGUACGGUAGCCUGAGCAAUGUAACUGGGAGAGUAUUAAUUUACUAUAGCUAUUACUCAUUUCCAGUAAGUGAAGCAAGACUGAUUCUAAACCAAUCAGCAUGAAGGGCUGCAGAGGAUGGGGAUUUAUGUUCUUAAGCACUGAUCCUACCUGCAAGGAGAGGCAGGUAAUAUUUUUUUAAAUUAUUAUUAUUAUUACUUGCCUGUAGACCAGUCGCCACAGCUUCAACAGUUUGCCAUUCCCAUGUUCGUUUUUCAGAGAUAACACCAACUUUCACCAGUAAUGCAAUAAGUACAGCUUGCC